CAAUGGCCCCCCUCUUCCGCCGCGAGCUGCCGCAGCAGAGCGCAAGCUCAGGCAUCAGCGCGAGCUCGCGCCCCGACGACCGCACAUUGCCCAAGAGUGCGACGGAGAAACACGGUUCUGACCUGUAUCCCGAGCUUAAAGAGCUCAUGCUGCGUAACCAGCGGUGGGCGAAGCGCGUGGGCUCGGCCGACCCGGGAUUCUUCCCGCGGCACUAUCCCGGCCAGCGGCCCGAGAUCCUCUGGAUCGGCUGCUCGGACGCGCGUGUGCCCGAGACGACCGUGAUGGGAUCGCAGCCAGGCGACAUUUUCGUGCACCGCGGUAUUGCCAACCUGUACUCGCCGCAUGACGACUCGCUCAAUGCCGUCCUCAUGAUCGCGUUGAUCAAUUUCAAGGUCAAGCACAUUAUCGUGGCCGGCCACUCGAACUGCGUCGGCUGCCAGACAGCGCUGCGCGCAUCGUGCCUCCCGCCAGUGCCCGAAACACAGGCGAUCCAGCGCUACCUCAAGCCGCUGACGGUGCUCGCGCGCUCGAUGGCAACGGAAGACGGGCCGCCCUCGCUCGACCUGCUCGUGGAAGAGAAUGUGCAGCAGCAGGUGCGCAACCUCCUCGCAUGCCAGGUCGUGCAGGACGACUGGAAGCGCCGCGGCGACUUUGGGGUUACGGUGCAUGGUUGGGUGUACCAGCUUGAGAAUGUGAGUGGCGUGCUUGGUGGCCGCGUGCUUGGUGGCCCCGUCAGGCCACCAAGCAGCGCGAGGAGCGAGGAGCGAGAAGAGGAGUUCAGAAGGCCAGAAAGGCUCACUCGGCGCUCGACGCUCCAAGACGACCCAGGCUAACAGCAGGGAACCGUGCGCGACCUGGGCGUGUCGCAGGGGCCGCCGGGGGCCAAGCCUGGUGGCUC